AUGGCAGUCUUAGUGUAUGUAGAUCACAUACUGGUUACGAGUCCUGACCUACAUAUGAUUGAAGAUCUCAAAUCAUGGCUUGAUGAUGCUUUCAAAAUCAAGGAUUUAGGGGAACUAGGAUAUUUCCUAGGAAUUGAGGCAAGAAGAGAUGACUCAAGCCUAAAUUUAUGCCACAGAAAAUAUGCACUUGAUAUUCUAUCCGAAGCAGGGUUCCUUGGAUGCAAACCGAUUAAUUCUCUGAUGGUACCAGGUUAUCACCUUCAUCAUGAUGACGGUACGAUUCUAAGUGGCAUUAGCAGCUACAGACGCCUAGUCGGCUGUCUUCUCUACCUCACAGCCACAAGGCCGGAUAUCACUUAUGUCGUCCAACAAUUGAGCGAGUUCAUAGAUGCUCCAACUGACAAACAUCUGUCCGCUGCACACAGAGCAGCUUGCAUAGAGUCAAGGAAAUCCAUAACAGGCUACUGUAUUUUCCUUGGAUCUGCCCUUGUUUCCUGGAAGGCGAAGAAACAGGUGACGGUAUCACAGUCUUCAUCUGAAGCCGAAUAUCGUGCGCUCGCAUCCACUGUGUGUGAAGUCCAAUGGAUCACUUUCCUCCUUCAAGACUUACAAGCACCCUUGCAGAAACCGGCAACCUUGUUCCAUGACAACAAAUCCGCAAUAGCUAUAACCGAGAAUCAUGUAUUCCACGAGAGAACGAAGCAUAUCGAAAUAGAUUGUCACCUUGUCUGGGAGAAGGUGUCCAAUGGCUUAAUCAAGCUCCUGCCGGUCUCCUCUUCGAAUCAGAUAGCAGAUGGCUUCACAAAGCUGCUUCCCAUUGCUCUGUUUAAAAAUUAA